AUGGUUAAUUCAAGAUCAUCAGCUGAUACUUGUCAAGUUGUCCUUCGUCUUAAUGAUACAAAUCAAAAUGAAGUUCAACAUUUAACAUGGCAUUAUGAAAUGUUACAAAAUGAUGAUGAAGAAGAGAAAUCUAAAUACGAACAAAUUUCUAUUAUUCCUAAACGAGAUACUGAUCAAAAACCAUUUCGUAUUUGUGUACCACAAUCUCGUUUUCUUUCUGAAUUAACAUGGAUUGAAGAAGAUAGAGAAGAAGAAUUAUUACCAUCAGAUAUCGUAGAAGUUCGUGUUCAUUGUGUUGGUAUUAAUUUUCGUGAUAUACUCAAAUCACGUGGUUUUUAUCCACAUACACGUACUUUUGCACAAUCUGAUGAAAAUCAACCAAAAGUUAAUCGAGAUACAGAACCAGGUUCAGAUUUUGUUGAUACUAUUGUGCAUGUAUGUUCUACAACCAGUUUUCAAGUUAAUGAUCAUGUUAUAGAUGUUACUAGUGAUGGUACAUAUCAUUCUCAUAUUAUGAUUAAUUCACAACUUAUAAUACGUAUUCCAACACAAUCUGGUCAAACUGUUCUUAUUCGUGCUGCAACAGGUGCUGCAGGACAAUGGUGUAUUCAAUAUUGUCAAUAUAUUGGUGCUCGUGUUAUUGCUACAGCUGGGACUGAAGAAAAACGACGUUUUCUUCGUGAACAUUAUGGUAUUGAACAUGUAUUUAAUAGUCGAGAUACUUCUUUUGUCAACAAUAUACGUCGAAUUCUCCCACAAGGUGUUGAUGUUAUUGUUAAUUCAUUAUCAGGUAAUUUACUCAAAGAAUCAAUUAAAUUAUUAUCAUAUCAUGGUUAUUUUAUUGAAUGGGGUAAACGAGAUAUUUAUCAUAAUAAAGCAAUUGAUUUAUUGAUUCAACGUAAAUUAUGUGCUGUUGAACCAACAAUUUGUUAUGAAUCAUCUCAAAUAAUAGAAGCAUUAUUAAGAUGUAAUAGUGGUCAAGUUAUGGAUAAAACAGUUUUUCGUAUAACUUCAUCCGAUCAACCAUUAAAUAUUCAUAAAAAACAAUCUAAUAAUUUAUUAAAAGUUGUAAGUGAUAAUACAAUGUUUUUAUUAGAAGUUUGUAAUCAAGGAACAGUUUUAAUAUCUGGCGGUUUUGGUGGUUUUGAUUUAACAAUCUCUCGAUGGAUGAUUGAAGAACGAGGCGUCAAAUAUAUAGCACUUAUGAAGUUAAAACGAACAAUAAAACAAUAUAAUGUUGAUGUUGGUCAAGUAGAUGUAACAAAUUUUCAACAAGUUCAUGAUUUAAUUGAAAGAUUUAAUAAAACUCCUUAUCCUAUUCGUGGUAUUAUUCAUAGUGCUGUUGUUGCAGAAGAUCGUGCUUUGAAUAAUUUAACACAAGAACAUUUAUCACUUGUUUUACCACCAAAAGUUCUUGGUGCAUGGUAUCUUCAUCAAGCUACACAACUUCUUCAUGCACCUAUUCAUUUUUUGAUUAUGUUUUCAUCAAUUCGAAAUCAUUUAUUUGAAGUUGCAUCUGCUGGUUAUAAUGCUGGGAAUCAAUUUCUUGAUGUAAUUUCUCAUUAUCGUUUUUCAAAACUUAAUUUACCAGCACUUUCAAUUAGUUUACCAGCUGUAAGUGGUGCUGGAAUGUUUCAUCGUCAUAAAGAAAUGCUCACUACUUUAAGAGUUACACAAGGUUUUGAAUUAAUGCCAACAAUAACUGUAUUCGAAAUAAUUGAAUGUUUUCACCGAACUCAAAAGAUUUGUCCGUGUCCUGUUAUUUUUGCUGUUAAUUGGCAAAUAUUAUAUGGAAAGUAUGCAACAUUAGCUACAACUUAUUUAAGAAAAAUAGUUGAUCAACGUUAUAAAGAGAUGAAAUUUGAUCAAAUAUCAUCAACAUCAUCAGAAAAAAAUAAUUCAACUGAGUCUAGUAUGAAUAAAAAAGAAACUAUUAUUGAACGAAUUCAAUCCGCUGUUGCACGAUUAUUAGGUGCAGCUAGUGUUGAUCGUAUAGUUAUUGAUCGUUCACUUGUUAGUCAAGGUAUGGAUUCAUUAGCUACUGUUUCAUUAUAUAAUUGGUUAGGUCAAGAAACUGGCAUUUAUAUACCAUUAGUUGAUCUUCUUCAAGGACUUUCAAUUGAAACAAUUGCAACACUUGUUUAUAAUGAACUUAAUGAAAAAGAACAAACAACAUCAUCAUCAGCUACAAAAGAAUAUGAUUCAGAUUUUGAUUUAAUUAAUGAAAAUGAAGUUCAAUUAUAA